UAGACAUACGCAUCGAGUGUCUUUUCAUUCAUAUCAAUAAAGCAUAUAUCUCCAUAUUGCAUACACAACAAUCUGCAAUUUAUAAUAGUGAAAAGUUGUACAAUAGCAUACUUGGACAUAGUCAACCGUUGUGAAAAACAACUACCAUAACUGUCCGAUUGGUUCAAGUUAUCCAUUCCCCCCCACCGUCAUAUUGAGAAGCACAGGAAUUUUACAUAAUAGAAAUCAUUCAUUUAAUUUCGUUUCAUCCCUUCCCAAGUUCACACUUUCUCAACGAUGUCUACAGUUUACGGUUAUACAACUCCAGCAAACGUCAAGACACUCCUAGUGCCCAUCAACAAAUGCACAUCUACUCAAUUCAACCGUCAUCUCCAGGUGCUACCUCCGGAUAUGCAUGAGGUGCGAUUGCUAGACCUUUCACCCAACACCGACCUCCAAUAUUUCAAUCCCCAGACGUUUCCGAAUGGCAGGAUCUUCCUUGAUCUUCACCUAGCAGCUCCCGAGGCGAACUCGAUCUUUUUACACGACUUCGAGCCGUUCAGAAAGACUUUUGUAGUUAUUGGUGUAGCCUCAUACACUGCAGAUAUAAAUGUGGAAUAUCAUUUGGAAAAUCUUGCCAAACACUAUCCAGGCGCAAUUGUCCAUAACAUUAUCGUCUUUGACACUCCCACCAGUGAGAUUAACGGGCUCAAUAGGGCGAGCGACCAUUCAGCCAAAUCCGUGUUUUACCAUGAUGCUUCCUCGGACCAUAAUCUCACAGCCUUGGAGACUAUCAUCUGUGGAAUCACGCAGAACUUCCUUGUAGCUCUCGACACAUAUGCUGCGUCGUACACCAACAUUACUUUGAGGUCACCAGUAUCGAUAACAGAUAGUUAUAUACUCACCAAGACUAUCAACCAAGCACAAAAGAGACUCAGUUCAGGAUCUACCUCGUUCAAAGUCUCCUUUUCUGGCCCCAAUCCGCCUUCUUCGAACCCGAUAGACUCCAAAUCCAAGUCCCAGCAGCGCCACAACGGCAGGCAGUUGAAGCUCAUGGCGAAUUUCUACCUUUUGGCCGGUAAAUACGUCGAUUCAGUGCAACAUUUCAUCGAUGCUGCUAUCACGCUAAAGAAAUGUGAUGAUUACCUCUGGCUAGGAAGUGCGCUCGAAGGGAUUUCCAACUCUGUAGUAUUACUCCAUUACAUAGGGAGCAAUCACCAGCUACUGAGCUCGCUUAUAUCCUCCAUUCUUCUGGUGUCGAAAAUGAAGCUUCUGUCGCUCUCUACCACAGAUUUGUUAUCUCCUAAGAGAACCUCUGUAGAUCAAAGUUCCAACGGCAGAACAAUUGCUCCAUCACCCAGAAGUAGUGUUAGUGGUAGCAGUUUUAGCUUCAGCUCUGGUGCGGAUAUAAACGCCAUUCCUCUUCCCGAGCUCAUCAAGAUCUUUUCUGCUAGAGUUUUGUUCUACUACGAUCAGAGUACAAACGACUUCGAGAAUAUGGUACCGGACCUUGUCUACGUAGAGUCGAUCUUGCGUACCAUCAAGUUCAUGAUCGGUAUCUACUUAGGCGGGAACGAUCUGUCGUCAUUACUCUUGCAAUCGAUAGUAUUCUGUAAAUCUUAUUCCAACACAAUUGUCAAUAGUCAGUUCUUCCUGAAAAGUGAUAUUCUCAAGGAGAUUGACAAAGUUUUUCAGUUGCAAUUGGUGGAUAUGGGCAUAAUCGAACAGUGCCGAAUCUACUCCACCCUAGCAUCUAUGUACGGAGACUUGGACCUUGUACGAAAGAAAGCAUUUAUAUUGCGCUUCUUGAUAGUAGGUAUAUUACCAAAACUAAACGCCUCUGAUGGCCAGAUUGGUAAGAAUGAUCAGAAUCAAAGCAUUAGAGGCAUUUUCGAAUAUUUAUUCACAAUCUACGGCAUAAAUUUGGAAACAGAAAGCUCUCCUAUAGAUGCUAGUAUACAAUCUCAGGGUAAUUGGGUGUCUUUACAAAUCCAACUUUUGCGUUUAUGUCUCAGAACUACCGAAACACUAAAAGAUUAUCCAUUCCAUUUAAAGCUUUGCACUCUUUUGUUGACUAGAUAUACGCAUUGUUUACCUUCAGAUGACCAACAUAAAUUGAAGGGCAAAAUCGAGCGAAUCUUAUUUUUGUCAAACAGAAACAAUUUGAAAUUAAGCGUACCAUACUGGGACCCAUUUUUGGUGAGGAAAGUAAAAUUCAUCAACAACCGUAAUAGAGAUGAAGUUAUGCCCUUUCUCGACUACCAAAACAACACCAUAAACACAGAUGAGGAAGUCAAUGCUCCAUUUUUUGAUCCAUAUAAUAAGCCAUUGGCAUCAAGCACCUUUAACAAGGAUAAGAUUCUUAUUCGAGACGAUGUCUAUCAGUUGAAAGUGCAAUUACAAAAUCCUUUUGCGUUUGAAGUCGAAAUUAACGAUCUCACAAUCGUUACAGAAGGCAACGUCACAGUGCAAACACUCAAAAAUCAAAUACGUCCGUUCAACGGAACUCAAUAUCAACAACCCACAGCAUCCAGAUCCAUUAAUGGUCUGUUGAACAAAGCGAGAGCUGUAACAACUGGUAGUAGAAAAGUUACUGGAGCUAACUCUACUGGUAUGCAACCUUCGUUGGUCUCAUCCAACACUGUAAAUUCUGCUAUAGUAGUUCCUCCAUGUUCUUCGGAGCAUUUCGUAGUUGGUUUCAAGCCUUUGCAAGUUGGAGAGUUGAAGAUAAUCGGCUUUAACAUCUGCAUAGGUGUCUGUGAAGAGCAGUUCUUCCGUAUUGUAGACAAGGAGUUGACCAAGGUAGCCUUGAAAGUGAAGGAUAUGGAUGGUCGUAGCGCGAAGAAAGAAAACACACUUGACAAGGUUUGUCAGAACUUGAGAAAUAACAGUAUUGACGGUCGCAUAUCUACAAAGAACUUGGUCUUACACGUAAUUCCUCCUCAACCAGCUCUAUCAUUGAUAGGCAUUCUGAUGACAAACGGUUGGAUUAUGUUGCUUGAAGGUGAGAGAUUCAAUUUUUCAAUCCGUUUGGCCAACAACUCUUCAGUAUUGAUCAACUAUCUUUCUUUUUCGUUCUGGGACUCCACGAUAGAACCGUUGAACAAAAAGUUGAAUGCAAGCUCCGGAAGCCAGACUUUGCCAGCUUCAGAUGUUUAUGAGAUCGAGUGGUAUUUGUUGCAAUUUAAACCAUUUAGAAUUCUCAAUAAGGAAACUAUUAUGGAAAAGUAUAGAACAAUUGAUCCUCAAAGUGAAAUAAAGAUUGACUACGAAAUCAACGGGAGAAGAGGAAUGAAGGAACUGAAGAUAAUAUUGGAGUAUGCCCAUAAGGAAUCGGAGGAUCUCUCCAAGAAUUACAUCAAGUAUGUCAACAUACCGUUGAAUGUGUCCAUAAUGCCUUCGCUUGAAAUUGUGGGCUGUGACAUCCUUCCCCUUUUUUCUGAUCUAAUUCUUGAGAACCUUGACAAUGUCUUGUCCUUCAUUACCAAGGUUAUCAAGGCGGAUACAGAAGAAAUCAGUGAUUAUUGCCUUUUCCUAGUUGAUAUUCGCAACUCAUGGAACGAGAAGUUGUCCUGUUCGUUGCUGUAUAGCUUCGACGAGACAUCCAGUUUUGAUGUUAACGAAGUUAUAGAGCCUGGAAAGACGACCAGGUUCUUACUCCCUGUCAAAAGAGUUUCCAGUAAAGACGUGGAUCUCACCAAGCCCAUUCCUUCGUUGCGUAACAAACAGUUUGUCAAAAACUAUACAAUUACUGAAGCAGAAGAAAUGCAGAUGAGGGAAAUAUUUUGGUUGCGUAAUUCGCUUCUUGAAAAGCUUUCGAAUCACUGGAAGACUAUAGAGACUAAGGCUACUGGUAAAAGAGCUGGCAGUAUAGACUUAAGAGCAAUUCGUCUCUCUACAAAAAUGAGCAAUGUCUUGGUGUAUAGCAAAAUCCGACUCUUGACUACGAUUCUUGAUGAUGGUCAACAGCAACCAGUAGCUAAAGAAGGCACCCAGUAUCUUCUCAAGAUCGACGAGUUCUACACAUUACGAACUACGAUCAUAAACAACACGGAGAGCACUAUCAAUGGCAUUCUCCGUCACUUGCCAUUCCCCAUGAGUAUCUUGUCCAACACCGUAGUCCACAGUGCGAACUUGAUCAAGGCACAGAUGUCUAUAGAUCGGAAAAUUCUUAUCAACGGCGUUCUCCAGAGCCCCGUAUGUAAAAAAGGAAUAGAGCCAGGCGACAAGAUCGACUUGGACUUAGGGUUUGUGAUUCUCGAAAAGGGAGAAUACGAAUGGGGAACCGUCCUAGAUACUCUCAAUAAGGAUAAUCUCCAAAUUGUUGGUAGAGAACCACUCUACAUCUCUGCCUCUUAGCAUUACUUAUAGAUACGUAUAUGUUUGCAUUAUAAA